CCCCCCCCCCCCUCCUGUCUCUCCAUCAAUCCAUCUCUAUCCAUCCGCCCCCUCACGGCAACAGGCAGAGUCCAGCAUCCCCAGCAUCACAGUUUCUCCGGAUCUGCUGCGACACAUCUUACCCCCUGAUCGACGGUGAACGAAGGAGAGACGCACCAAGUGAUGCUGCUUCUGCAGCUCGCGAAUCCCGCACCACCGAAGACCGUACACACACCCGUUAGGAGUAGGCGCACUUUCCCCGUUAUCUGCAACAGCCCAUGAAGAUGUCCAACGCAGACAUCAUGGGUUUAAACCCCGCCGACCGCUUAAUCAAAUCGGUGCCGUUUCCGCUGAGCCACAGGUUAACCAUGCGCGAGGUGUUCGACUGUGAGGGGAAGCCUCGCGUGGACCUGCUGAAGGCUCACCUCACUAAAGAGGGCCGUGUGGAGGAACCCGUCGCCCUGCGCAUCAUUAAUGAGGGUGCCGCCAUACUGCGCCAGGAGAAAACAAUGCUGGACAUAGAGGCUCCGGUCACAGUGUGUGGGGACAUCCACGGGCAGUUCUUUGACCUGAUGAAGUUAUUUGAGGUUGGCGGAUCUCCUGCAACAACUAGGUAUCUGUUCCUAGGGGACUACGUGGACCGAGGGUACUUCAGUAUUGAGUGUGUCCUGUACCUCUGGUCAUUGAAAAUCCUCUACCCAAAGACUCUGUUUCUACUGCGGGGAAACCAUGAAUGUAGACAUUUGACUGAAUACUUCACUUUUAAACAAGAAUGUAAAAUCAAAUACUCGGAGCAGGUGUAUGACAUCUGCAUGGAUGCGUUUGACUGUCUGCCUCUGGCUGCACUGAUGAAUCAGCAGUUUUUGUGUGUUCACGGCGGCCUGUCUCCAGAGAUCCACACGUUAGACGACAUCAAGAGGUUGGACAGGUUUAAAGAACCCCCGGCGUUUGGCCCCAUGUGUGAUCUGUUGUGGUCCGAUCCAUUGGAGGACUUUGGGAAUGAAAAGAGCCAAGAUUACUUUAGCCACAACAGUGUCCGUGGAUGCUCUUACUUCUACAGCUAUCCUGCUGUGUGCGAGUUUCUACAGACCAACAACUUACUGUCGGUCAUCAGGGCACAUGAAGCUCAGGAUGCUGGUUAUCGUAUGUACAGAAAGAGUCAGAGCACAGGAUUUCCCUCUCUCAUCACCAUCUUUUCUGCUCCAAAUUACCUGGAUGUUUACAACAAUAAAGCGGCUGUGCUCAAAUAUGAAAACAAUGUGAUGAACAUACGACAGUUCAACUGCUCCCCACACCCGUACUGGCUGCCCAACUUCAUGGACGUCUUCACUUGGUCUCUUCCUUUUGUUGGAGAGAAAGUGACAGAGAUGUUGGUGAAUGUUCUCAGCAUCUGUUCAGACGAUGAGCUCAUGAAUGAUGGAGAGGAGAUCUAUGAUGCUAAUGCAGCGGCCGCCCGUAAGGAAGUUAUCAGGAACAAGAUUCGUGCCAUCGGCAAAAUGGCUAAAAUGUUCUCAGUUUUGCGAGAGGAGAGUGAGAAUGUGUUAACCCUGAAAGGACUGACCCCAACCGGUAUGCUGCCCAGCGGCGUCCUGUCUGGAGGAAAACAGACCUUACAGAGCGCUACCAUUGAAGCCAUUGAAGCCAUCGAGCCGGUUGAGGACACAGAAGCCAUCCGUGGCUUUUCUCCGCAGCACAAGAUCACCAGUUUCGAGGAGGCGAAGGGUCUGGACCGCAUAAACGAGCGCAUGCCCCCUCGCCGAGACGUGGUGAACAGCGUGGGUCUCUCCAUGGGCAAGAUGAACAUGGCCGAAUCCAAUGGCACGGAUGACAACAGCAAUAUCCAGUGAUUCAUCUUCUCCACAUCUCUCUCUCCCUCGCUCGUCCCUGCUCCUUCUCCCAUAAUGCAAUUCUCCUCUCUUUCUUAAUUUUUACUGCUGCCGUCUGUGUAGCAGAUGGAUUAUGUGAUAUAUUUAGACAGAACUCCCUGCUUGACGCUCAGUGGCCUCGACAACAGACGAGACGAUACGGACGGAACGACCGCAUCGCUUUUCGUGAAGAGGAUCGUGCGCUGUCGAGAGUUGCAUGAUGGGACGUGUAGUUUUAUGGAUAUGGGGCUAUGAACACUGGAAAAGUUUGUCUGAAGAAACGUUGAUUUAUGCGUGUUUGCAUUUUUGCGUGCGUGUGCGUGCGUGCGUGCGUGCGUGCGUCGGAGACGUGCGUUGUAUAAUUAUAUGAUAUGUAGGUUUUCACAAAUACUUGUUUUUUUCUGAGCCUGCCGUGGAGUCUAAAACACGAGGCUGUUGCUCUAUUUGUUGUAAAUCAGAGGAGCGUAUGUUUCCAUUCUUGAGUUUGUGUGAGGAGCUUAUAAUCAUUUAAUUUGCAGUUUUCCUGCCGUUCUAUGUUUUGCUACUAGUAAUCGAUAUACUGUAUAGCCUACGGACAACGUAAUAUUCAACAAAACCACUUAACACGGGUUAUUACUAUGAACAAUCCGCAAAUAACUGAGAUUUUCUCGUAACGCCCCUCGUGCGUUUCAGUUUCGUGCUCGCUGCGUCGUGUAAAUGCGCUGUUGUCACGUCGUGCUGCGGUUGCUAUGGCAGCACUAUACUCCUCGUGUCCCCGGAGUCUGACACCUCCUCGCCUCCUCAACACUCCAGAUCAUAGCAGCGGGAAUUUUCAGUCUGUGAGAAACCUGAGGGAUUGCGUUAGGCCAUUGUGGAUGCAACGGGUGGUUUCAAACAGGUCCAACAGGUACGCAUAACCCAUGGGAAUUUGUUUUGUAUAUAAUUGGCGUAUAUUUUAAGGAUCGUUUUGUUAUCACUUAUGUUCAUUUUUUAUUUAUUGAGGUAUUUAUUUGUUUGUUUUCUGUUCGUUUACAUCGCUGUACAGUUCAUUCGGUUCAGACGAGGUGUUAUGCCUUGUGUUUGUACGUUUCUUUAUCGAUGUACAGAAGUUAUUUCGUAGUGUGAAGGAACGUAUAAUUCUGUGAAAAGACACCCGGGCUGCCAGAGCAUGACUGCAUGGUUAUUUCAAAAUGUAAAUCCAAUAAGGACACACCUAAACGUGUCUCGCGUUUUUAAGGAGAAGUAUAUUCUGCUCAUUAUUCUGGUUAACGUUAAUUAUGAUUAUGAUUAAGAGUUCUGCUGGUUUAAUCCACUUCGCUUCAUCCUCGUUUGGGUUUCUCAUUGUGCUUUACUUUAUAACUAAUGACAAUGUUUAUGGGUUAUUCGUGCUUCUAUAUCUUGUAUUUUUCUCUGAAGCUUCAUUUUGAUCAUCAUGAUUUUCUGGUCUACAGUACGGACAGUGUGAGCAUGCCCUAUGGGACAAAUCUCUUUUUUUACUCUUGAAUAAAAUAUGCAUGAACCUU